CCUAACGUUAAUUCACCACCGGCCGCGCUUUAAAUUGAACGUAUAGAGAAGGACGAGAAAAAAAAUAAAUAAAGGAAACCCCCAAAACUAAAGCGAAACCUCGGGAGAAAAACACCAAAAAUACUAAGUAAAAGAGGGUCUAUUGUAAAUUGCUUGACAAACAUACCUGCCUGAAGGUUAUUGUGGGUUGCCCGAAAAAAAACAGAGCAGGGCCGCUUCUGGACACACCUAAAGUUUCCCUGCGAGAACCGACCACGAUUUGUCAAUCCGUCUUGCCAUUUACGUGGAGGUUUUCCCACGACUAACCCCCCUUGCCUUGCUGCUUUGAUCUCACAACAGGCAUUUUACCGUACUUGACCUGCCUGCUAUCCUAACGCAACGCGAAAUCCUAGUCUCGAUACUGACGCCCGGCACCCCAGACCCUGUGAACACCAGCUGGAAGAGGACAACUGCCGGUCGCGCAAACGACACCAUGGCUGACAGCAGUGAUAUCAACACUGUCCUCAGCAACUCGCUGUCUCCAGACGCGGCUACGCGUACAGGCGCUGAGCAGCAGCUCUCCCAAGCUGCCCAAACCAAUUUCCCUCUGUACCUAGCCACCCUAGUCCAGUCCCUGGCCGACGAGAGCGCCGAGAGUAACAUCAGAGUUGCAGCAGGCCUUGCUCUGAAGAACGCCUUCACCACCAGGGAAUUCGCCCGACAGCAGGAGCUUCAGGCCAAAUGGCUGCAACAGACAGACCAAGAUACCAAGACCCGAGUCAAGGAACUCGCCCUACAAACUCUUUCGUCAAGCAACUCGCAGGCGGGCCAGGCUGCCGCCCAGGUCAUCGCCUCUGUUGCUGCCAUCGAGCUACCUCGAAGCCAAUGGCCUGAUCUGUUGUCCGUCCUUGUCCAGAAUGUCAGCAGCGGUCAGCCCCACCAGAAGCAGGCUUCCCUGACCUGUAUCGGCUACAUCUGCGAAAGUCAAGAUCCCGAGCUGCGAACCGCGCUCAUAGGGCAUUCUAAUGCCAUCCUCACCGCUGUCGUACAGGGUGCCCGUAAAGAGGAAGCCAACACGGAAGUGCGCCUCUCUGCCAUAUCCGCCCUGGGCGAUUCUCUCGAGUUUGUUGGCAACAACUUUAAGCACGAGGGCGAGAGGAACUACAUUAUGCAGGUUGUCUGCGAAGCCACCCAGGCCGACGACGCGCGGAUACAGCAGGGUGCAUUCGGUUGCCUCAAUCGCAUCAUGGCUCUCUACUACGAGAACAUGCGUUUCUAUAUGGAGAAGGCCCUGUUUGGUCUGACGAUUCUGGGCAUGAAAAACGAUGACGAGGAUGUUGCCAAGCUUGCCGUCGAAUUCUGGAGCACCGUUUGCGAGGAGGAGAUCAACAUCGAGGAAGAUAAUGCUCAGGUCGAUAGCGCCGAUCAGAUGCGCCCGUUCUACAACUUCUCGCGCGUUGCCACCAACGAAGUUGUCCCUACGCUCUUGCAACUUCUGACGAAGCAAGACGAAGACGCUACGGACGACGAAUAUAAUAUCUCGCGUGCUGCCUACCAAUGCCUCCAGCUCUAUGCCCAAGCCGUCGGUCCUAACAUCAUCCCGUCUGUCAUCCAAUUUGUCGAGCAGAACCUGCGAUCCGAUGACUGGCAUUUCCGAGAGGCUGCCGUGGCUGCGUUUGGCGCCAUUAUGGAAGGGCCAGAAGAGAAGACGCUGGAGCCCAUCGUCAAGCAGGCUCUGCCCAUACUGAUUACCAUGAUGGAUGACAAUUCCACCUUUGUCAAGGACUCGACCGCUUACGCCCUCGGUCGUAUCACCGAAGCUUGCUCGACAGCUAUCGAUCCCGACGCUCACCUGGACUCGCUGGUCCGAUCCUUAUUCGCCGGCGUUCACGACUCUAAGAUGGCGGCAUCCUGCUGCUGGGCGCUGAUGAAUCUCGCAGAGCGUUUUUCUGGCGAUUUUGACGCGACUUCGAACCCCCUCACCCGUCACUUCAACCAGAGCGUCCAGACCUUGCUCGCCGUCACGUCGCAUGCCGGCUCCGAAACCUCUGUCCGCACGACUUCGUACGAAGUCUUGAGCGCGUUCGUUCAGCACGCGGCGACCGAGAGCUUCCCAGCAAUCGCUCAGCUCUCUGACGUGAUCAUCACGAGACUCGAAGAGACCAUCCCCAUGCAGAGCCAGGUUGUCAGCAUAGAAGACAAGAUCGCGUUGGAAGAGAUGCAGACGAGCUUGAACACCGUCCUGCAGGCAAUCAUCCAGAGACUUGAAAAGGAGAUAUCACCCCAAGGCGACAGGAUCAUGCACGUCUCCCUACAGAUCCUCAACACGGCCGGCGCCAAGUCUAGCGUCCCCGAGUCCAUCUUUGCUACGAUCAGCGGCCUGGCAAAUGCUAUGGAGGAGGACUUUAGCAAGUACAUGGACGCCUUCACGCCCUUCCUCUACAACGCGCUCGGGAACCAGGAGGAGCCAAGUCUCUGUUCGAUGGCUAUUGGCCUGGUCAGCGACAUUACUCGAUCGAUGGGCGAGCACAGCCAGCCGUACUGUGACAACUUCAUGAACUAUCUCCUGAAUAACCUCCGAAGCACGACCCUGUCCAACCAGUUCAAGCCUGCUAUCCUUCAGUGCUUUGGCGACAUUGCCAACGCGAUCGGCGGUCACUUCGAAGCCUAUCUCUCCGUUGUCGCCCAAGUCUUGCAACAGGCUGCUACUGUCAGCGCUGCGCCGGACGGCUCCUACGAACUCUACGACUAUGUCAUCUCUCUGCGAGAAGGAAUCACGGAUGCGUGGGGAGGUAUCAUCGGUGCCUUAAAGAUGAGCGGCAAGACCCAAACGCUCCAACCAUAUGUGCAGUCCAUCUUCCAACUUCUUAACAUCAUAUCUCAGGACAUGAAUCGGAGCGAGUCCCUCAUGCGAUCUUCCAUGGGUGUCAUCGGCGACCUGGCCGACGCUUUCCCCAAUGGCGAGCUUGUUGAGGCUUUCCGACAGGACUGGGUGACCGCUAUGAUCAAGGAGACGAAGACCAACCGGGAUUUCCAGCCUCGUACUAUUGAGACUGCACGAUGGGCACGCGAGCAGGUCAAGCGCCAGCUCGGCGGCACUGCGUCCGUUAUGCAACAGACUUGAACGCGCCGCUUAGUCGCUCCCGUUGCCAACCCCAUCCGCCCACCCGCGCCCGCCCCCCGCCACGACACCCGAUCCUCCCGACGAACAAGUCCGACUCUAGUCUGGCCUCGUAUACUAAGUUCAGAGGCAAACCCAGCAGCACCCACAUCGCAGCACUCUAGUACCCAGCACCAGCACCAGCACCAGCCCCGAGAUACUCUCCCCUGGCACUCUGCACUUCACAAGACCCCUGUGUAUAUAAUCCCACCCACCCAUUACUCAGUAAUCCCAUACGCCCCUCCCCAAUACACACCCAACGGAAAUGCCCUUCCCAAGCAGCCCUUGCCCAGAUAUUAACCACCCCUUGCUGAGUUUUCCUUCCUGUUGGUCUGCAGAGCCAUAACAGAGAUAUGUCUAGUCCCUUUAGAGAGAAGAUCACGUCAUGUACGCCCCUUUGGAGGGGGGCCACGAAUUCAUGUAAGAAAAGGAGUUUUAAGAGGAUGUUAGUGAGGAGGAAACCCUGAUAGCUGGAUCUGAUGCGUUCCGCAGGG